ACCGACCCGAGGCCCUUUGCUGCCUGUCUUCCUCCACUUUCUCUCUCCCUGCUUCCCUGUCCUUUAUCACUGGUCUAACUAAUAAAGGCAAAAUUUUCAUGCAAUUAAGAAAGUGGUGCAAUCCACUUCUGACGCAUCUUUCAUCAACCAGGAAGUGAAAUGUGAUCCGGCAGUGAAGUGUGAAUGGCCAGUUAGGUGUGUUACCAGAGAGUCUCCAAACCGGCAGGUAUCCCUCUGUGUAAAUUAGAGCAAUGUCUCCUGAUGAGCUGGUGUACCUGGGAGUUCUUGUUGCCUCAAUCCCUGUUGGGUUCCUUUUCCGUUACCUCAGUCCACCUGUGAAGCAGGGGGCAGCUCUCCUUCUGGGCCUGUCCAUCACCAUCGCCACCUGUCACAUCCACACGCUCCACUCGCUGGUGACAGUGAUCGGAACAUGGAUUAUUAUAAAGACCAGCUGGAGCCAUGCCCCAGCACUGAGCCUCAGCUGGACCUUUCUCUACCUCCUCUUCUUCCGCCUGGUCACUUGGUUUGGUCUGCCCCCACCAACACCUUUUGCCAACGCCAUCCAGCUACUUCUCACGCUCAAGAUGGUGAGCCUAGCCAAUGAGGUGCACAGCUUCCACGUGGAGAAGAAGAAGGACGUGAGCUCCUUUGCAAAGUCCCUCGUCGUUGGCGGUCUGUUGCAGGAGCCCUCCAUCUACGACAUUUUGUCCUAUAGUUACUGUUAUGUCGGUAUAAUGACAGGCCCUUUCUUCCGCUUCCAAACAUACAUUGACUGGGUGAGGCAGCCGAGCCCGCUGGCCCUCCCCGCUUUGACGCCAUGCCUGCAGCGUUUGAAGCUGGUUCCUGUCUACGGCGCUCUGUUCCUGGCAGUCAACUUUGUCUUUCCUCUGGCCUACGUUCGUACUCAGGAGUUCUUGGAUCAAAAUAUUUUCUUUAGGAUGUUCUACAUGGUAGCGAUAUUCUUCGUAUUUAGGAUGCGUUUCUAUUCAGCGUGGUGUGGAGCUGAGGCUGGCUGUAUUAGUGCUGGGCUGGGCUGCUAUCCAGAAAAGGCACUUUCCAAACCUGGAGGAGGACCUACUGUCAACUACAGUCCUGAUCCCACCACCGAGGAAAAAUAUGACUUUAAAACCAUCCAGAACAUCGACUGUUACAACACGGACUUCUGCGUGAAGGUCCGACAUGGCAUGCGUUACUGGAACAUGACAGUGCAGUGGUGGCUGCAUCACUACAUCUACCCCAAUGCUCCCUUCAAAGCCUACACACUCAGGGCUGGCUGGACCAUGUUCAUCAGCGCCUACUGGCACGGACUACAUGCUGGCUAUUACCUCUCUUUCCUCACCAUCCCUCUGUGUAUCGCAGCAGAGUCGGCCAUGGAGGCCGCAGUCCGAGCUAAACUGGGUCCUCGUGGUCAGAACAUCUUUGACUGGGUUCACUGGUUCUUGAAAAUGAGGGCCUAUGACUACAUGUGCAUGGGCUUCGUGCUGCUGAAGGCCUCUGACACCAUCAACUACUGGACAUCCAUCUACUUCAUCAUGCAUGUCAUUGCUGUUUGCUGUAUAACAGUGGGCAGGGUCCUAAAGGGAGGGAAAAGGGAAGGGAGGAGAGGUGAAAAAGAAGAGAAAAGAGAUGGAGAGAUGAUAGAUAAUGAUAAAAAGCAAACUGGAGAAAAAACAGACUGAAAGGAGGUACUGGGGGGGGAAAACUGGUUAGAUCAUUUUUGGGAGCUGAGGAGGAGGUUGCUGCAAGAGCCGAAUUUCACUGAUCGCACCAACACUUAUCUUUCUAACAAAAAAAACCUCACACAGGUCCGAGAGAAAAUUUCGAACAAAAGAGCAUUUCAUUUAAACACAUACAUAAUAAUGCUGUGAACAAUGGAAGAGGAAUAUUCAAGCGCCAUGAAUGUUACUCUCGGAGCGUGAGUGGCAGCUGGGCUGUAAAUGGUUACAGUGCAGCAGAUAUCUGAACAUUACAGGGAAACUGUUCACAUGUGGAUACAAGCACCCAAACCAGCACAGAUUCUCUUUUAUGAUUUCUCUUUUGAUAAAGCCUAUUAGCCAUUUUACUUAAAAUCAAACAGACUAACCCUUUUGUAACUUGGACACAUGUGAUCCACUAAAUCUGUUUCUUUAUGUAGCAAAAUGAAUGUAGAUAAAGGUUCAUACUUACCAACUGUGUGUCUGUAAGACUUCAGUGUAGCCUGUGUAGCCUUCAGUGUCCACAAGUUGUUAGCUUGCAUUUUACUUUAAAAUUAUUUUUUAAAAAGUUGUCAAAUUUACUUUCCUAUAGUUGAAAAUAUAGAACUCAAGAGUAAAAUAUGAAAGUGAUCCAGUGGUUGAAAUUCUGUGGUUCUAUUAUUCUGUUUUCUAACCUGGUGGUUGCCUUGGAUAAUUUUCAAGUGGGCUUGUGUGAUUUUUCAAAUUAAGGGCACCAGAGGAACAAACACACAGAUUUCAGUGCUUGUAUCCACAUCUGAAAGAUUCUUAGUUACCUGCUGCACUAGUAAUACACUCCUCUCACCUGUGCAUGUUUUUGAUUGCAUGUCAUGACACCAUGUCCACUUACGAGCAUAUUGGCAUUGUAUUUCUAGUCAAACGAGGUGGAUGACAUGUUAAGAUCGCGGCUUCAGCCUAUAUUAGAAUGAUGAGCGACUGGUAUGCGAUUGUGAUUUCAUGAUUGUGUCAUUAGCUCAGCUAUUAUGGCCUGUAUGAUAAGAGUUUACCUUUGCAUUUCUGCCGAAUUAAGUAUUUAGAUAACAUGAUAUAUGUGUGUAUAUAUUAUAUAUACAGGCGCAGUAUGUUCUUUUAUUUUGUACCUAAACAUUUCUGCACUCUGGCUUUGAUCUUGUAAAUUUGAAACGUUUCUCUGUUUUGGAUUACAUCCCCGCACUGUUCUGCCUACACCUGUGAGCAGUUUGGAUCAUAUCAGGAGCACUGCAGUAUUGUAUCCAGCGAAAGGUGUGCCAUGUAGAUGAAAUGUAAUAACAGUCCGUUCACUGCCAAAAUGUCUGUACUGCCAUCAUGUACCAUUCUGGGUAGGGACCAAACAUUUGAUGUGAAAAGUCACAAUUUUCUAUAAGCUGCCAGUGUUUGUCAUUGAUAACAGCACAGCUAGGAUUGGAGGUUAUUGUCAAUAAAGUCAUCCAUCCAAUUAUUUUCUUAAUGGCUUGUCCAAUUCACAGUGACAAUUCACAGAGUCACAGGGCGAUGGAGCCUAUCUCAGCUGACUUUGGGCAAGAGGUGGGGAACACCUUGGACAUGUCUCACUGUUAAUUAUUUUUCCCAGUGUUGAUAUGUGUGUUCAAGGCAGUAAUAGGAUAUUUUAGGGAGGCCAUAUUUUGAAUUUUUGUGAUACAAUCAUUUCUAGAAUGUGGAGAACAAACAGUUUUAUAUCAACAAUGUGCUUCAGUUAAAAGUUACUACAUGAUGGUAUUGAGUUAUUGCCAGGCCCCGACUUUUUGUUUCACGCUGUGCGGUAGCCCUGCUGUAUCCUUAUUUUACAUGAGCAUGACCGAGAGCAGUGUUGAAAGGUCUGCAGAACUGAGAUCAUUUGAAUUACAAAUUAAUUUUUGUGUUGUGCUGUUUUACUCUGUGUGUGUGCCAAACUCUACCCUUGGAGAAAUGUUUUUGUUGUUGCACAGCGAUGAUUGUGAAUACGAGUCCUUCUGUUCACCACUCGUCUCCAGAGCAUUUUUUUUUUUUGUUUUGUGUUUUUGUUUUAGGCUUCAGACACUACACCGGCUGUAACAUUCCGUGCUUUGUAAGUGUUUGUAAGUGUCACCAUAUCUGGCUAUGUUUUGUUUGGUUUAAAGUUCAUGUAGAACCUCUGCAAAGCAUGAGGAUGUGGCUGGUAGAAAACAAAAUGUGUACAUCAUUUCUUCAAGAUGGAGAAAAAUCUUUAGCUUUUCAACACUGGCGCUUUCUUUAAAUGUAGUUAACUACAUCCUGUGAUUAAAAACCUUUUGUUGUACA